GCGUUAGGGCCCUGAGGGUGACUCUGUGGAGGGGCGGCGCGGCUGAGGAGCCAAGAUGCUGAGCAGGUUUCUCGGGCCGCGUUACUUGGAGCUGGCCAAGUCCUGGCUUCCCACCGCUGGCACCUGGGGUACCGUUGGUGCCGUAGGACUAGUAUGGGCUACAGACUGGCGUCUGAUUCUGGACUACGUUCCCUACAUCAAUGGCAAGUUUAAGAAAGAUGACUAAGCCAACCCUUCAAUACACUCAGUAUCUCAGGAUGGAAAGACUUUGGAACCGCUUUCUUCGGAGAGCCUCCUUACGCCUGGAUGUGAAACGCUAAUGACGGCUAGCAAGAAAAGCUGUGGGGUUGCUUGGCUUCUCUGAUUGUGAACCACUUCAAUUUGUUGUAUUUCUGUGAAAAAGUACACCUGACUCUUGAGCAGACUGGCUGCCGAGGUUCCUGUCAGCUGGAACCUUAAUCGCAACAGAUUGUGUCAUUUCCAGACUUGCCAUGCGUUGUACAGAAUUUAAAAAAGGUUGAUUUGAUUCGCAC